GACUUGAAGGGCAGCAUCCGCGUAUUUUGCCGUGUUCGGCCCGCGGGGACGACCGGUGACUCGGCACCCAGUUGCCUCAACCUGGGCACGGACGGCGAGCUCGCAGUUUACGACAAGGCAGGCGAGCGGAAGGUGUACCGCUUUGACCGGGUGUUCGACGGCGAGAGCACGCAGGAGGAGGUCUACGAGGACGUCCAGGCGCUCAUCCGCAGUGUCAUGGAUGGCUACAAUGUGUGUAUCUUCGCGUACGGUCAAACCGGCAGUGGAAAGACGCAUACUAUGACGGGAAGCAGCCACGUGGAGGAUGACGUUCGGAGCCGCGGCAUUAACUACCGCGCCUUGGACGACCUUUUCGCGAUGCAGGCCCAUCGCGAUGCGGAGACGUCCUACACUAUUACGGCGCAAAUGCUGGAGAUCUACAAUGAGACGAUUCGCGACCUUCUGACGGAGGAUCAGAGCGGCGGUAACAGGCUGGACAUCCUUUCCACGCAGCCGUCGGGUCUCAACGUGCCGGGUGCGACCCAAAUCGCCGUCGCCAACACUGCCGAUGUGCUGGCGAUGAUGCGCGUGGGCGCACGCAACCGCCACAGCGCUGAAACCAAGAUGAACGAGCGCAGCAGCCGCAGCCACCAGGUGCUCACCAUCAUCGUGGACGGUGCCAACCUGACCACGGGGGCACGCACACACGCGUGCCUUCAUUUGGUGGAUCUGGCGGGCAGCGAGCGCACUGACAAGUCGGGCGUGGAAGGAGAACGAAUGCGCGAGGCGAACUCUAUCAACACAAGUCUGUCGGCACUCGGCACGGUCAUGCACAGCCUGGCCUCUAAGUCCAAGCACAUCCCCUUCCGCAACAGCAAGCUCACGGAGCUUUUGGCCGACAGCUUGUCCGGCCAGGCCAAGGUCUGCAUGCUGAUGCACGUUGCGCCGGAGAGCACCAGCUUCGGUGAGACCAUCUCCACGCUAAACUUUGGCAACCGGGUGGCGUCCGUGACGUUGGGCCAGGUGAGGACACGGCAGGUGCAGGGCCGGUACGGGGUGAAUUUCCAUGGGAAAGAAACAAACUCAAGCAGAGGGAAGGGUCUAACGGAGAUCUUCACGCGUGUGAUUCGUGGCUCAUUUUUUGCCAACGGAUGGCUUUGGUCAUGGCCCGGCAGGGCACGCUAA